UCCAAGAUGUCAGCCUUCAUGGACUAAAAGUUAAUAGGUCGUCGAGAAAAUCUUAUGUAACUCCAUGUAGUUAAUUUAGUUAUUGACACCUUCUUAACGAUCGGUCGUUUAAGUUUCGGGUCUACAAUACUGUUUUAAAAUCCACAGAAGAGGUAACCUUUACAGGACAUUUACCGGUUUCUUGGCUAAAUUGUAAAUGAAAAAAAGGAUACGAUCAUAUACGUUUCAAUCCAGAAGUAAUGACAACUAUUUAAAACAGCAUUGGAAAUAUGACUGAUCCUGAACUGUAUGAAUAAAGAUUAUAGGCAUUGAUUGUGUUGUGUGAGAACAUGUAUGCUAUUAUUUGCAAGCAGCCAUUGGCAAAUAUCCUUGGACGAAAUGUGAAUAUUUUUUCACAAGGAAAAUCAACUAUCUUUAAGAUGGGUUUUUUAAAUCGUACAUGUAAAUAUCAUUCAAACAUUGGAUCGAACUUACGAAUACAAGUAAUCCCCUGUACUCGCUUUUCCUUUAGUUCAAGAAAAUAUUCCAUGAUUAGAGACUGUUUCAAGAAAGAUUUAAAGAAAUCACAACGUGUAUACAAAUCAACACAAACUGUCAACAUCAAUUUGCAACAAGCAACGUUAAAUGCAAAAUCUCAACCUCGGGAUAAAAAAGAUAUCUUGAAAUUAAUUGGAUUAGCAAAACCAGAAAAAUGGAAGAUAGUCGGAGCCGUUUGUCUUCUGUUAAUUUCCAGUUCUGUUUCAAUGGCCGUUCCAUUUUGUUUAGGAAAAGUUAUUGACAUCAUUUAUACUGCUUCUCAAGACGGCACUCUUGUGGAAAAACUAAAUAACAUUUGUAAAAUUUUAGUGGGUAUAUUUUUAAUAGGAGCGCUAGCAAAUUUUGGACGAGUAUAUCUGAUGCAAAUUUCUGGACAGAAUAUUGUGAAGAGGAUGCGUGAAAGGUUAUUUAAUUCGAUAUUACAACAAGAAAUAGGAUUUUUUGACAAGAAUAAAACUGGUGAACUAAUCAAUAGACUGUCCACAGAUACAUCAAUAGUGGGUACAUCAGUGACAAUGAAUAUUUCCGCUGGAUUACGAUCUUCAGCACAAGCUAUUGGUGGAUUGGGAAUGAUGUUUUAUGUCUCACCUAAACUAGCUGCUAUAUCUCUAGCUAUAGUACCACCUGUGGCUAUUUGUUCUAUAAUAUAUGGCAGAUAUAUAAAAAAUAUAACCAAGAAAGUACAAGAUUCAUUGGCUAAUGCUACACAGGUAGCAGAAGAAAGAAUAAGUAAUGUACGAACUGUCCGUGCUUUUGCCCAGGAAUCAAAAGAAUGUCAAUCGUAUUCAGAGAAGAUAUCUAAAGUUCUUCAACUGCAGUAUAAAGAAGCUCUAGCACAGGGUGUAUUCUGGGGAUUUUCUGGUUUAUCAGGUAAUAUGAUAAUAUUAUCUGUAUUUUAUAAUGGUGGUCUGAUGAUGACAGAAUCACAGAUAACUGUUGGUGAUCUGACUGCAUUCCUUCUUUAUGCUGCUUAUGUUGGUAUCUCUAUAGCAGGUUUGAGUUCAUUUUAUACAGAAUUAAUGCGAGGAUUGGGAGCCAGCAGUAGGAUCUGGCAACUGGUAGAAAAACAACCAACAAUACCUCUUACAGGUGGUAUUAUUCCAUCUACACCAGUACAAGGUAAUAUAGAAUUCCGUAAUAUAGGAUUUCACUACCCAACACGAUCAGAUGUCUCAAUAUUUACUGAUUUAAAUCUAAGUGUACCUAGUGGUAAUAUAACAGCAGUAGUUGGUGCUAGUGGUUCAGGCAAAUCAACAUUAGGACAUUUACUUCUUCGAUUUUACGAUCCACAGUCAGGUAAUGUAUAUUUAGACAAUGAAGAUAUUAAUAGUUUAAAUCCAACCUGGUUAAGAAAUCAUAUUGGUACAGUUAGUCAGGAACCAAUAUUAUUUUCUAGUUCUAUAGCCGAUAAUAUAGCUUACGGUGCUGGCGAUAUUUCGACAGUUAAAACUGAAGAUAUCUGGGAUGCUGCAAGAAAAGCCAACGCUUAUAAGUUUAUUGUAAAUUUUCCUGAAGGUUUUGAUACAAUGGUAGGAGAAAGAGGACUAAUGUUAUCAGGAGGACAAAGACAGAGAAUAGCCAUUGCUAGAGCGAUAUUAAAGAAUCCAAAGAUUCUUCUGUUGGAUGAAGCAACAAGUGCCUUAGAUUCUGAGAGUGAAUAUUUAGUGCAAGAAGCGCUUGAGAGACUUAUGAUUGGUCGAACUGUCAUAACCAUUGCACAUCGUCUUUCUACAAUAAAAUCAGCUAAUCAGAUUGCCGUGAUAGAUAGUGGUAAGAUAGCAGAAGUUGGUAGCUAUAGUGAUCUCAUGAGGAUACAGGACGGUAUCUUUAAAAAACUAGUAGAAAGACAAACUAUUACUUAUUAAUUUCCUGUUUCCUCAAUUUUCCAUUAUAUGUGAUGUUUAUUUGGUUUGAUUAAGUCUAAGGAUCAAAUUAAGGAUCUUUGUGCUCUAGUUAACUUUUCAUAAUAUAUACAAAUUUGGUUUUGUGGUGAGGCCUUCUAUUAAACAAUGCAUAAAUUUAAAUCACAAAACUUGAUACAAACUGCCAUAAAAUCUUCCAAUUUUUAUGUAAGUUUAUUUUUAACCAAAUAGUAUAGUAUGCUUGAGUCGGUGGACUGAUAUUAUUUUUGUAUGGGCAUGACUUGAAGAACUCCCUUAUUAUUAUUAUUAUUUAUUAAUGUUAUAUACAUAUAUUUACGUUACAUUUGAUUAAGAUUGGUCAUUCAUAGUAUUUUAAAACAUAUAUUGUUUAUACAUGAAGUUAUUUUGUACAUUGAAAUGAGUGCUUAGAUAGGGAAUAACCAGUAAACCGUUAAAUGACCAUAACUUGCGAUAGAAUUAUUCGAUUUGACCAAAAUACUUUUAAGUGUUUACAGUCUUAAAUUAUAUAUUUAACCUUUAUUUUGGCAUGUUGACACAACUGUGUCAUGAAAUUAAUCUUAAAAAUUGCUAUGUUGUCAUACUUUUUACGUCAAGAACUUUGACGUCAACAUAAAUCAACCUGUGAACACCUUGCUACUGUAACUGUCAAUGGUGACUGGUUAUGGGUUAAUGAAAUGUCUGGUCAUUCAGUAUGUUUGCAUCAAUAUUUAGUGGAUAAAAGAAAGCUCUCAAAAAUUGUCACAUUAAGAAAGUGUUUUAACAUUUUUAGAAUGGCUUAUAUAAAUUGUUGAUUUAUUGAUCCUCUGAGGUGAAUCAUGUACAUUUUUUGAUAAAAGAGAUAAGUGCUAUUUGCAUCUUUCCUGUGGAAGCUAAAAAAAACUAUUUAUAUGAAAUAAAACAGAUACAGUAUCUGCAAACUUGAAGGAGACAUAUCUCGUUUUCAAAAUGAAUACCACGUAUAAUAAUUAUGCAAAAAUAUUGGUUGUUAGUUGUUAAUUUUAUUUUUUUAAAAAGAAUUUUAAAAUUUAUCAUGUUUAUUGAUAUUAGUUAUUUAAUAUAAUAUGAUAUAUCACAAUUAUAUGAAAUACAAGUUUAUUUCUGGCAAGUUUCAAUGAGGGUUCUUUUUUGCUUGAUAAAUGUGGCCAUUCCAUAUAAUUGUGUCAUAUGUUAUUUAUUCUGUUACUAAAUGUGGCUUAAAGAUACAUUGUCCCGAGAGUAUUUAUCGGGUGGUUAUUUCCAAUAAAAUUAUGGCCAAUCUUUCUAGAAAAAUACUGGAUUUCCCGACAAACACCCAUGGGGCAAACACUGUCCAAAAAUGUCAGGGUAUCACUAACUGGCAACCCGACUGUUGUCUGCCAGUUUAUUGUGUGCUAGCUUGACUGAGGGAGCAGUUGUUAUUUCUUGAUUAAAUGCUUAGGCGGUUUUGGGAACAUUGAGGGGUGUCAACAAGCUUAUUUAUAGCUAUAGGAAUCUCCCCGCGAAUACAAAGUUUUGAGAAGGAUUUGAAGCAAAUUUUUGAAUAUGUUUUUAGUCCAAAUAUAUCAUCAAAUCACACAGGAAAGUAUCUUUAAACAAUGUUCAUAUGUUUGGGAGUUUUGUCCAAUUUUGAAAUACUAAAUUCUUGUCGAAACCAUUGAAAUUAAAAUGAUGGCAAUAAAAUGUACCAGCGAUUGUUUCAUAGAUUUGAGUCUGGCACAAAAUCUUGUGACUGAAUCUCUUGUUGAAUAAUGAGGAUAUUGCCACACAGUUUUGUUAAAAUAUAACUGAAUAUACAAUUUUUUAUAGGCCAGCUGAUUUGCAUAAUUAAAACUCUGCAUAAAUAUAUUUAUACCCUAUGCAAAAAUCAAAGUAUGGUAUUCUUUUAUAGAAAUAAAACAUAUUUUUUUAAUAGUUGUUUAUGUCU